ACUCACAAGAGGAGGCGUGUUCUCCCUGGCCAGUGCUGCUGGUUCAGCUUUAUAGCUGACAUGUUUGAAUGGUUCCCUGUGAUGAGCUCUGAGCGCUGCUGCUGGGUGCUGUGAGGAAAGCUCAGGCAAGCUCCGAAGUCGGGACAUGGAUGCAAUGACCUAUGAUGAUGUGCAUGUGAACUUCACUUGGGAAGAGUGGGCUUUGCUGGAUCCUUCCCAGAAAAUUCUCUACAAUGAUGUGAUGCUGGAGACCUACAGGAACCUCACUGCUGUAGGCUACAAUUGGGAAGAAUAUAAUAUUGAAGAACCUUUUCACAGUUCUAAAAGCCAUGGAAGGCAUGAAAGAAGUCAUUCUGGAGAGAAACCUUCUGCAUAUAUUCAAUGUGGUAAAGCUCUCGAAUAUCACAGUUAUCCUCAAAGGCAUGAAAUAAUUCAUAUUGGAGAGAAACCAUAUGAAGAUAUUCAACACGGUGAAGCCUUUGCGUAUCACAAUACUCUCCAAAUACAUAAAAGAACUCGUACUACAGAGAAACCCUACAAAUGCAAUCAAUGUGAUAAAGCCUUUGCACGGAACAAUAGUCUUCGAAUACAUAAAAGAACACAUACUGGAGAGAAACUCUAUGAAUGUGAACAAUGCGGUAAAGACUUUCCGUGUCACAGUAGGCUCCUAAUACAUAAAAGAACACAUACAGGAGAGAAACCCUAUGAAUGUAACCAAUGUGGUAAAGCUUUUGCACGUUACAGUAGUCUCCAAAUACAUACAAGAACACAUUCUGGAGAGAAACCCUAUGAAUGUGACCAGUGUGGUAAAGCCUUUGCACAGCAUACUAGUCUCCAGAUACAUAAAAGAACACACACUGGAGAGAAACCCUAUGAGUGUGACCAAUGUGGUAAAGCCUUUGCACGUCACUACAGCCUUGGAAAACAUAAAAGUACACACACAGGAGAGAAACCCUAUGUAUGUAACCAAUGUGGAAAAGCCUUUGCACAGCACAGUCACCUCCAAAUACAUAAAAGAACACACACUGGAGAGAAACCCUAUGAGUGUGACCAAUGUGGUAAAGCCUUUGCACAGCACACUAGUCUCCAAAUACAUAAAAGGAUACAUACUGGAGAGAAGCCCUACAAAUGUAAUCAGUGUGAUAAAGCCUUCUCACGACAUAGUAAUUUCCAAAAGCAUAAAAGAACACAUACUGUAGAGAAACCUUAUAAGUGUAUCCAAUGUGGUAAAGCCUUUGUACGUCCUAGUAGUCUCCUAAGUCAUAAAAGUACGCAUACUGGAGAGAAGCCCUAUAAAUGUAUUCAAUGUGGUAAAGUCUUUGCAUUUCACAGUAAUCUCCAAAUACAUAAAAGAACACACACAGGAGAGAAACCCUAUGGAUGUAAUCAGUGUGAUAAAGCCUUUUCACGAUACAGUCAUCUCUUAAGACAUAAAAGGACACACACUGGAGAGAAGCCCUAUGGAUGUAAUCAGUGUGGUAAAGCCUUUGCCUUUCACAGCAGUCUCCAAAUACAUAAAAGGACACACACUGGAGAGAGACCCUAUGAAUGUAAUCAGUGUGGUAAAGCCUUUGCAUGUCACAGUUACCUCCUCAUACAUAAAAGAACACAUACUGGAGAGAAACCUUAUGAGUGUGACCAAUGUGGAAAAGUCUUUGCACGUGACAGUAAUCUCCUAAUACAUAAAAGAACACAUACUGGAGAGAAACCCUAUAAGUGUAAUCAAUGUGGUAAAGCCUUUGCAUGUCCUAGUUAUUUUCUAAGGCAUAAAAGAACACAUACUGGAGAGAAACCCUAUGAAUGUAACCAAUGCAAUAAAGCCUUUUCACGUCACAGUAAUCUCCGAAUACAUAAAAGAACACAUACAGGAGAGAAACCCUAUGAAUGUAGUCAAUGUGGUAAAGCCUUUACAUGUCCCAGUAGUCUGCUAAUACAUAAAAGAACACAUACAGGAGAGAAACCCUAUGAAUGUAACCAAUGUGGUAAAGCCUUUGCAUGUCAUAGUGGUCUCCAAAUACAUAAAAGAACGCACACUGGAGAAAAACCCUAUGAAUGUAAUCAGUGUGGUAAAGCCUUUUCACAACAGAGUAAUCUCCAAGUUCAUGAAAGAACACAUACUGGAGAAAAACCCUAUGAAUGUAACCAAUGUGGUAAAGCCUUUGUGUGUCACAGUCAUCUCCGAAUACAUAAAAAAACACACCCAGGAGAGACGCCCUAUGAAUGUAUUCAAUGAGGUAAAGCUUUUGUAUGUCACAGUCAUCUUCAAACACAUAAAGGAAUUCAUACUGGAGAGAAAUGAAUGUAUUUAAUAUGUUGAGGCCUUCACACAUUUCUAUAGACUUCAUCAUUAUGAAAAGUAUUCAUACUGGAGGGAAAUCCUAUGAAUGUAACCAGUGUGAUAAAGCCUUUCUCUUACGGGGUCCACAGAGAUCCAACACAACUCAAACACCAGGUCAAUGCAUAUGUCAAGAAUUUAUUGAAAUCAAGCUGCUACUGGUCAAUCAAGGCCACAUAACAUACUUGGGAGCUGAACUGUGACCCACAAGCCAGAAUGUUACCUGUCUUUUAAGCUUGAAUACACAAAAAUCUGUGCCAAUUUACUCCUACAUUUUUCUAACAAACAGGGGCUUUCCUUAUGCAGUCGAUCUGUGUCAGCUGAUGCAGAAUUUAGGUUUUUACAGUCUAAACAAUCAUCUGUUUUGUCUUUGUGAUUGGGAACAGGCAUUAUGUUUUGGGGAACAAAAGAUGAAUAACAAGCUGUGGUUAGAAACACUGAAUAUGUUUUGGGGAACAAAAGCUAUGGUUGAGAACAGUCAUUAUGCUUUGAGGAACAAAAUGUAAAAAAUAGAAGCUGUACAGACACUGGGAAUUCCCCAGCUCCCCCAAGACCUGGGAACUUGAACUAAGUUUUACUUAUGAUUAAACAGAGUCUGAUAAGAAAAAAGGCAGUUCUUGGGACAAAUUUCUUUUGCUUGUUCCCAACACUUGCACAUUAGUCAUUUUUUUUUAAUACAUAAAAGAACACAUACAUGAGAGAAACCCUAUGAAUGUAAGCAAUGCGGUAAAGUCUGUGCUUGGGACCCCAAUGAAGGAUUAAUUUCCCUGUAUCUUCAUCACUGUUCCAAAUACAUUAUCACUGAAUUGAUGUUUUCAAUUUUCAUUAAUAAUUUGCUUUUUUUCUUUUCUAUUGCUAUCUUUUUAUUUUAAAGAAUAUUCUUGCUGUGAAUCUCUGUCAGUCCUGGAACUCGAUAUAUAGACUAGGCUGUCCUAGGACAUCAGAGAGAUCUUCCCACCUUGCCUCCAGAGUGCCUGCAUUAUAGGUAGGCAUGCCACAGCUAGAUUAUUAAGUUCUUUUAAUGGUUUAUUGGG